AUGUCCGAGUUCAGAGCAGGGAUCCUGAUGACCGUUUUGCUCCUCGCCGUGGCUCUCUCCUCCACUGUACUCACUUCCGUGGAGGCGGCCAGGCGGCUGCCGGAGGGGCAGUACGCCGGCCACCGCAUGCUGCAUGAGAGGGCGAGUGUGCCUAUCAUCAAAUAA